CAAUCGAGAAACAGACAGCGAUGAAGUUUUCCACAAAGAAACAUUCGCAGGUGAUGUGUUUUCUGACAUUAGCGUGAGUCCAGCUGUUGUGAAUGUCGUCUGCUGUGUGUCUUCGUUCAGGGAUUUAUUUCACUGCAUUCUUGAGCUGCAUCAGAGAGUUCUAGACGUGUAGUGAGCAGAUGAAACCAGCCCGCCGCUGAGUGUUUCAGGGAGGCCUGGACGAGCCCCGCUGCUUUCCUUUGAUAUGAGCGGUAACGGCUUAAACAUCUAACACGCUUUGAGAGGAACGGAGCUUCACUACAGGGAUUUACUUCAAGAGACCCGAAGAGCUUGAGGAGCUCUGAAGACAUUCAUUUUGGAACCGACUGGAAAUUGGUCUCAAACCCUUGGACUUUAUCUAAUACGAAUUUGUUCAAUGGAAGUUUUAACUCCUCCUUAGCAGACAUUUUUUAUCAGCGUAUAUUGACUUUGCACAAUGGCGUCUUGCUGAAACUCUGCAGGAACAGAAAACAUUAAAAGAAGCACAAACAAAGAUCCAAAGCGGUCAAGAGACGGGCAUGUUGGACAACUCAAAGUUUUACAUCGAGCUGGGUGUCGCCAAGCUCGGGAAUGUCCCCGAACCCCUGAAACCACGUACGUCAUUGAGGAUCGAGGGCCAUCUUAGCGAAUCCCUCAGUGGCAGCACUCCCAAUCCUGAUGAGGAACCCAAUAAUCGUACCAUAAAUGGACUUAGCAAUGGCACUUCUUCUCAGAACAUCCCACACUGGACUCAACCUGAUGCCAUUGACAGGAGACGCAGUUUGGCGACGCUAUCUGAGACCUCGAGAACUUCCACUGCUGCCACUGAGGUUUCUCAAAGCUCUCGCAGCAGGUUCAUAGGGGAUGAUGAACCGCACGAAUCCCGCUGGAGGUCCGGCCGAGGCGCGUGUUGCUGUUUCCGUGCGGUGAACAUGGCGUUCCUGCGCUGUCUGGAGGAGACACCACUGCUGGUCUCUGGAUUACUGCUGGCCAUCCUCUUCUGCGUGACCAUCAUCGUCAUCAUCCCCUCCACUGGCAGGAGUCUGAGCGUUCACGUGGCGGCAUUUGCAGUGGUGUGUGUGGUGGUGUGUGUUUGUGUGUCGCUGCUGCUGUGUUUGCCGUGUUUGCCGGUGGUUCGGCGAGGAAAAACGCCUCUCGCACUCUUCAUCUGGUCCAUGCUCCUCACCAUCGCCUUUGUCUUCAUCUUCACCGGAGGCGUCGUCACGGCCUGGGAGCAGGUCGGGUUCUUCCUCUUUCUGUCGCUGUCCGUUUAUACGGUUCUUCCUCUCCCGCUCUCAUGGGCUCUGAGCUUCGGCAUCGGAACCAGUGUUUGUCACAUCAUUGUCAUCAGUGUGUAUGUGUCUGUCACCAGCCCUCAGACACAAGACCUGGCCGUGCAGCUGGUGGCGAACGCAGUGCUGUUCGUGGGUGUUAAUGCUGUGGGUGUGUUUCACCUGUGGCACACUGAACAUGCUCACAGGAAGUCCAGCAAGAAACGGGAAGAUUUCAGCAGAACCCGCGCCACACAAGCCAAACAGAAACUUGACCAGGAGCAUCUCCUGCUGUCUGUGCUGCCGCGAUACAUCGCCAUGGAGCUGAAGACGGAAAUCGUCAAACGUCUGUCUGCGAAAUGCAGCGCCGAAGAGAACAGACCAAACUUCCACAGUCUCUACAUCCGACAACACAAAGACAUCAGUAUCCUGUACGCUGAUAUCGUGGGCUUCACGCACCUGUCCAGCACCUGCACAUCUGAGGAGCUCGUCGCCGUCCUCAACAAACUCUUCGGCAGGUUUGAUGACAUCGCCAAGAAGAACGGCUGUUUGCGCAUUAAAAUCCUGGGCGACUGUUAUUACUGCGUGUCGGGUCUUCCUGAUCCGAUCUCUCAUCACGCUCGCAACUGUGUUCAGAUGGGUCUGGACAUGUGCUCGGCCAUAAAUAAGCUGAGGGACGCGACGGACGUGAACAUCAACAUGCGUGUUGGCGUGCACACGGGUAACGUCCUGUCUGGCGUGAUCGGCCUUCAGAAGUGGCAGUAUGACGUCUGGUCAGAUGACGUGACUCUAGCCAAUCACAUGGAGUCUGGAGGAGUGCCUGGGAGAGUCCACAUCACAGAGGAGACGCUCGCUCACCUGGGCGGGAAAUACCAGGUGGAGGAAGGAAACGGCGGGAGUCGCGCUUCCACGCUGCAGGGAAGGAGAACAUUCCUGGUCAUCGAUCCUAACGCAGAAAACUCCAAUAUGACACCUAAGACUCAUGAGCUGGAGGUGGACAACAAACCUGUGAACCGUCAGAAGCUCCGCGCGUCGGUUCGGAUGUCGCAGUACCUGCAGUCCUGGAAAACCGUCAAACCGUUUUCUGGACUCAACCAACCAGAGGCUUCGCUCGCAGCCCCGCCCACUUCUGACAGCAUCAGCCAACCACAGCCAGCUACAGUGCUCACAGAGUUCAACACUCCAAGAUCUUCAGAAGUUCUGGAAAACGGACUGAUAGACUCAUUAGACUCUCUGGAAAGUGAAAAGAAACAAGUGAAGCUGAACAGUGUGACGUUAUUUUUUAAUAAUUUUAAGCUGGAGAAAGAGUAUUCGUUAAGUGAGGCCCAGGGGUUUCAUCGCUCUGUCAUAUGUUUGGCCUUCAUCUUCAUCUCUGUGUUUGUGGUUCAGAUGCUAACCUCGCAAAAAAAUUUUGCAUUGGCGGUGUCAUACGGUACCACUUUCCCUGUCCAAAUACUGAUUGUGCUUGUGGUCUUCACUAAAUUCCUGAAGUUUCCCCGCAGCAUCUGCUGGGUCUCGACGCUGUUUGACGGUGUGGCCACCAGGGCGGCGCUGCGGCUGCUGCUGGUGUUUCUCUGUCUGCUCAUCACGCUGCUCAUGGCAGUGCUGAACAUAGUUUUUAUCCCAGGCGAUAACUGUUUAAAUGUUUCCCACAAUGCAACAGUACUGAACACUCUUAAUCUCUACACUGUCCCGUAUUAUCUGUACUGCUGUCUGCUGGCGAUGUUGGGUGUGAUUGUGUUUGUGCGUGUGAGCGUGUCUAUUAAAGUCUUCCUCCUGACCCUCGCUGUGGUGGUUUAUCUCGCACUCUUUCUGCACGUUUACGCGCCGCGCUCCGACUGCUACAUCAAACAGCUCUACAGCGACAACAGCACGCCAGGAGUUCUUAAGGAGCCCAAGAUCAUGUCCGGCAUUUGGCUGGUCAUUUUCUACUUGAUUUCCCUUAUUCUCGUGCGACAGGACGAGUUGGGCUCUCGGACGGAGUUCCUGCUGGAGAAGAGCUUUAAUAAAGAGACGGAGGAAAUGGAGACCACCAAAAACGUCAACAGACUGCUGCUGCAGAACCUUCUGCCGGAGCACGUCACAGACUUCUUCAUCGGCAAAGACAUCCAGAACCAGGACUUGUACAGUAAGUCAUGCGAGUGUGUUUGCGUGAUGUUCGCGUCCGUGCCGCAUUUCUUCAAGGAGUUUUACAACGAGAGCAGCGUCAACAACGACGGCCUGGAGUGCCUUCGCUUCCUCAACGAGAUCAUUUCAGACUUUGACGAGCUCCUCAACAAGCCAAAGUUCAGCGCUGUGGAAAAGAUCAAGACCAUCGGCAGCACCUACAUGGCGGUGGCUGGACUGACCAAUCCUGCCAAAACAGAGGAGAUACGAACGUGCGACAAGACCUACAGUCACAUCCGCAGCAUGCUGGACUUCGCCAUCGCUCUGAUGGGGAGACUGGAAAACAUCAACAUGCACUCGUUCAACAGCUUCAAACUGAGGAUCGGUAUAAACCACGGUCCUCUGAUCGCAGGCGUCAUCGGCGCUCACAAACCUCAGUAUGACAUCUGGGGAAACACGGUUAAUGUGGCCAGCAGGAUGGACAGCACUGGAGUCCUGGACAAAAUACAGGUGACGGAGGAGACGGCGCAGGUGGCUCAGAGACUGGGCUUCAGCGUGACUCUGAGAGGAGUGAUCAACGUCAAGGGCAAGGGACAGCUGAGCACCUACUUCAUCAACACCGAGCACUCAACAUCAGUCUGACGCCGGGGGGUGGGUGUCUCACUGAGGUCCUGUGCGCUAUCGGCCGCGCUGCACCAGCUGAACUAGUUAGCGCGUAGAUUUAACCAACUCUAGUACUUUAAAACUGAAGGAAGCUCAGCGUUUGUUGUUCUUCAUGAAGAGGUCUGUACUGUGAGAAGUUAAUCAGAUUUUCUAAACAAUGCAAAGUUGCCAGGUUUUUUCAAGUCUUUAGUUUUAUACUGAAUUUCUUGUAUUCUCCUUAACUCGCGCGCUUAUUUAUUAAUGGUUAUUAAUAUGUUUUAAUAUUCUGUAUGUUUAAUGUGAAAAGUAAAAGUGUAGAAUAUUAUGUAUAAAAAUGUUUCAUUAAAAAAACUUGUCUGUUGUGUUUAAAAUGAAACCAUUUUUUGUGACUACGAAAGUACAAAAAAAUAAUAAAAAGUGACUUUGGAUCUAUUCCACCGAAA